GCAGAACGUAUCGGGAUGGCGACUAACGGCAACACGUCACUGUCGUCGUCGAACAAACUGGUCUUCCUCGUGGUGGGAGUAUUCCUGGGAUACAGCCUGUCCGUGCUGCAAAGCUUCGGUCCAACCGUCAAUAUCUGGCGUCCUCCCGCCGACUACCAUGCGCCUCCUUGCCCUUGUUUAGAGGAUUCUCUUCGGCCUUCAGAGCUGCCACAGACGAGAGAUGGUCUACAGAUGUCACAAGAGACAGCUGGUCCGCGAAAAAUACUUCUGGACUGCGGAGCUAAUGUUGCUUCUACUGUACAGUUAUUCCGGGAGACCUACCCGGAUGGAAAAGACUACAUCAUCCACUCAUUUGAGCUGGACGCGAGGCUGGCUCCCUACUUUGCGUCCUACUCCAACCACGUCCUCCACUGUCCAGUCGCCGUGGGCGGGAAAGAUGGAAACAUCACGGCCUACGCUGAGUCCGCCUGGAAACCUGACAAAGGUAAAGUCGCCGGCCAAGACAUGCAGUGGGGAGGCGGAGCGAUCUAUGCAUCGGACGCAGAGAAGCGGGAUGAAAUUCACGGCCGACGAUUCGGUGUGAAAAAUGUGAUACCAAUGGUGGAUCUCUCCAAGUGGAUACAAGAAAACACCGCGUUGGAAGACUAUGUCAUCUUUAAACUGGACGUCGAGGGAGCUGAGUACGAAAUCCUGGAAAAGAUGAUUAAAGAAGGGACUUUCAAGUGGAUAGACAAGUUUUAUGGCGAGUUCCACGGCUGGACCCCUGUACCGGGCUGGUCAGCCCAAAGAAAACAAGAACUUAGGAACACCAUGAAAACCCAUAGCAUCAAUAUGCUGGAUUGGGCAGGAGAGCAUAAAAGAUACCAAGACAUGGAAAGCAUUCACAAGAUUGACGUCCCAGCGGACACCCCCGGAGCUGCAGGAGUGGUCUACUCCAACUGUACCCCGCCUCCAGACGGCCCAGCCCGGCUGGCCCUGACAGUGCAGGUCGGGAUGAACAGGAAGGCAGCCCACAAGCUGGUGGAGACGAUCCGGGCGCACCCCAGCAACAUGCCGGUCACUCUUUUCGUGUACGGGGACUUCGUGCAGGACUUCUCGGACCUCAUCACCAAGUGGGCCGACAGAUACACCAUAGGAAUACGUGAGUCCGGGCCCUUUCCAGCCGACCAUUGGGUCCUGCAGAACCCGGACGUGAUGCGGAUGAGUUUGGUCUCGGCCGUACAGCGGAUGAAGGAAGUGGGGCUGCGACCAGCCUACUACUAUCCGGACGGCCUGUCGCAACGAGUUCAAGAUACAGCGAAGAAUAGAGGACUGCGGAUCAUUCAGCCAACAACCAAGUUUCCUCCUAACCUUGGAACACUGUUGAAGGAAGACAACUAUUACAGGUACAGAGACGUGGAGAGGACGCCAAAGGCGCUCCGUAUCCUGUAUGAACGCAUCUCGAAAGGAGGGAUCCUCAGUCUGGACACUGAUCAUCCCGACAGCUACAUGAUCUCCGCUUUCCUCAUGGACUAUCUGUAUGAAAACUCCGGCUUUCAACUUGUCAGUUUGAACGACUGUUUGAAAUAAUUUGUUUAAAAAUGU